UUAUUAAUUUUGGUAAAAUUUAGAUUUUCAUUCAAAAAUAAUAUAUCAUCUUUAUGAACAAUAAGAAUAUGAAUUUGAAUAAAAAAAAUGUCGACAAUAUCACCAGACCAGAAUAUCGUAAACUACAAAAAGAAUUUUCAAAUAUCAAUCAACAAUGUUUGACAGAUAUAAUGGAACAUUUUGAAAAUGACUAUCAAUCAGCUAGAAAGAUUCUAAUUGAAUUAUAUGGAUCAAAUAUCGAUAAUGCUGCUGCUGCUGAUGAAGAUGAUAAUGAUUCAGCAUUAGCAUCAUCAAUUGCAUCGAACGAUAAUGUAUAUCUACCGAUAACGACAGAAUUUUUUGAUAAUCUACAUUAUCUAUUUGAAUCACGUAACGAUUAUCUAAAUAUCUCAUCACCAACAACGACAACGAUUCGUGAAGAUUUGCGCAUGAAAGAUACAAUCUAUUUACCAAUCAAUAUUGAUUUAGCAUAUGAUAUUUAUUGGAAUCUGAUUAAUUAUAUUCAAAAUACUUAUGAUCAUCUUGCUACAACAACGAAUGAUCCAAAUAAUGCUGCCGCUGAUGAUAAUGAUGAUGAUUAUUCAUAUCAUCAUGAUGAUAUGAAUAAUGUUGAUCAUAUGUCAGAAAUAAUGGAAACUGAAAAAGCAAUACGUGCAAGUAGACAAGAAUAUCUACAAAAUCUAGUUAGACGCCGACAAGAAUAUCUACGUAAAAACAAUCAUCAAAAUAAUAAAAUGAAAAAAAAUGUUCACUUCAAAAUCGACGAUCAAGCAUUAUUACAGGAAUGGUUAUUGGAAAAGAAACGGGAUUUUCUCAUCAAACAUUUUCCUGGUGUUGAUCUAUUGAAAUUGAAUCGUUUAUUUGAAUUGAACUUCUUUAAUCUGAAUGAAACAAUCAAAGAUAUUGAAGCAUUUUAUGACUGUAAAUUGCCAUUGUAUUACAAUAAAUCAUUAUAUAGUGAAGUGGUAAAAAAACCAAUUAAAAUUGUUGACAAUAUGAUGACAUCGAAGAAGACAACGAUGGCCGCAAAGAAGAAAAAGAAAGAAUCACCAACAUCAAUCAAAACAAUAAACCUGAUUAAUAAUGAUAGUCAUGAUUCUGAUGAUGAUGACGAUAAUGAUAAUGAUGGCAAUAAUGAUGAUAGAUCAAUCAAUGAUCAACAACAAUUUAUAGCCAAUAUCGAUCGAUUUCUUGAACAAAGACAUUGUUAUCGAUUAAAAUUGGAACAUUUGAAAAAGAAAAAGAUUAAAUUCAUAAAAAAUGGCCAUAAAAUUAUACAUCGUUAUCAUGAUGAAAUACGUAAAGUUUAUCAGGAACUCAAACUAUUGAGUGAAAAAAUUAUUGAUGCAUAUCAAAAUUAUGAUUUCAAUGAAAAUAUUAUGGAUCUACAUCAAUUGAUUAUGAAUGAAGUUCGUAUUAUUGUACCGACAAUAUUGGCCGCUAAACAACAACAAUUAUUAUUCAACAACAAUAAUGCUGAUGGACAGAACAACAAUAAUAAAUUAGAGUUCAAGAUCAUAACCGGAAUCGGUGCCGGUGCUAUACGUCGAUAUUUAUUGAAUUUUAUAGCCAAAAAGAAAUUGGUAUAUCGUAUGACCGAUGGCCAAGGAGCAUUCAUCAUAACAUUAUACGCAACGAAUCCGAUCAUAUUUAUUGAUUGAUUGAUCCAUUAUAAUUCAUUCAUCAUCAUAAUUUAAUGAUUUUUAUUUUGUUA